CGCUGCCCGCGGAGGAACCUUGAGUGCCCCUGGCGAGCGCGCGCGCAGGAAAGUUGGUUUGUUUUCCGCAUAAAAGCAGGGAAGUAAAUCUCCCCUCGGGGCCCUGCAUGGCAAUCGGAUCCGGGACCUAGAACAAAGGCAGCGGCCAGGUGUUUUUUCGAGCUCCCGAUAGCCCACAGGAGACCAAAGGGCAGCUGGGAGGUGAGACAAGCUGGAUCUUGCCUGGAUUACAGCGCCUGGUCUGUGCUAGCCGAGGGCUCUUGGUUUGAGGAGUGGUACUUUCCCAUCAGGCCACCGGAGCACAGAACCUAGGAACAGUGCCAAGGAGGCUCCUGGCCCUAACGGGCCUCACCUGGGGGGACACCAGACCCUUCUGUCCCAUCGCACAGCCAUUUCGUCCUCCCACCCUCCUCCCCCGCCCCGGGUCUGGUCUCUAAUUGGGCAGUGCGGCGAGCCGGAGGACUUGGGACAGGGGGUGCGACGUGGCUGUAAGGGGAGCUGUGCUAUGAAUUGGUGUUUAUGGAUUGCCUACCUCAGCCUGUUUGCCAACAACUUUGCUGAAGGUAACAGCCAGGUGAAGUCUCAGGCUGUGGUGGGGCGUGUCGGAGAGAGCGUGAUCCUGGGCUGUGACCUCCUGAACGCAGAGGAGGCGCGUCCCCAUCUCUACGUGAUCGAGUGGGUCCGCUUUGGCUUCCUCCUCCCCAUCUUUAUCAAAUUUGGGCUCUAUUCCCCACGCAUUGAUCCGAAGUACAUAGGUCGUGUGCGGAUCCAGGAAGGCGCCUCGCUGCGGAUCGACCUCCUGCGCGCUGAGGACCAAGGCUGGUAUGAGUGUCGCGUCCUCUUCCUAGAUAGGCACAGCAACGACGACGAGUUCCAGAAUGGCACCUGGACCCACCUCACUGUCAACUCUGCCCCCACCUUCCUAGGGACCCCGCCAGCUCUUGUCGAGGUGCCAGACAGAGAACCCGUGAGUCUCACCUGCUCAGCCAUCGGCAACCCCCAGCCGGUCAUUGUCUGGAAGAGAAAUGACCUGGCCAUUGAGAGUGGAGAGAAGGUGCAGGUGAGCAAUGGGACGCUGAGGAUCACCAGCGUGGAGCGGGCCAGCGCUGGCAUCUAUACAUGCCACGCCUCCAGUAAGGAAGGCUCUGUCACCCACACCACCCGGCUGCUUGUUCAAGGGCCGCCGGUCAUCGUGGUGCCGCCACAGAACAUCACAGUCAACAUCACCCAGGAUGCCUUCCUGGCAUGCCAAGCCGAGGCCUACCCUGGCAACCUCACUUACAGCUGGUUCCAGGGCAGCAGCAACGUCUAUCACCUCAGCCACCUGCAGUCUCGUGUUCGUGUCCUGGUGGACGGGAGCCUUUUGCUCCAGAAAACGACCCCAGACGACUCUGGCAGAUACACCUGUGUUCCCAGCAAUGGGCUGUGGAAACCACCCUCUGCCUCGGCCUUCCUCACGGUGCUGUAUCCAGCCCAGGUGACCACCAUGCCACCAGAGACCCUCUUGCCCAUGGGGAUGCAGGGCAUGAUCCAGUGCCCCGCCAAGGCCAAUCCGCCUCUUCUCUCCAUCAGCUGGACCAAGGACGGGCAUCCCCUGGAGCUUGAUAAGUUCCCUGGCUGGUCCAUGGCACCCGACAGCUCCAUUGUCAUCGCCACGGGGAACGACGACGCCUUGGGGCUUUACACCUGCACCCCCUACAACAGCUAUGGCACGGCUGGUACCUCAGCACCCACCCGUGUCUUGCUCAAGGACCCGCCCGUGUUCAUCAUGAGCCCCAAGGAGGAGUACUUCCAGGAGGUGGGCCGUGAGCUGGUGAUCCCAUGCACUGCCGAAGGAGACCCCCCACCCACGGUCAUAUGGGCAAAGUUGGGAAGCACAGGGAGGAACGGUGCCCAAGUGGAUGGGAACAGCAGCCUCAUCUUCCGGCCCCUGGUUAAGGAGCAGCACGGGGCCUGGGAGUGCAUAGUCAGCAACCAGGUGGCCCGGAUCAGCACCACCACCUCCGUCUACGUGCUGGGCACCAGCCCUCACGCUGUCACCAAGGUCUCGGUGCUGCCGCUGCUGCUGGCAGCCAACGUCUCCUGGGAGCCAGGGUUCGACGGGGGAUACUUCCAGAGGUUCAGCGUCUGGUACACACCACUGGUGAAGCACCUCAACCGGCCCCAUCACGACUGGGUGUCGCUGACUGUGCCUGUGGGGGCCGAGCACCUCCUGGUGGAGAACCUGCAGCCAGCCACUGGCUACCAGUUCAGUGUCCUGUCCCAGAACAAGCUGGGCAGCGGCCCCUUCAGUGAGAUCGUCACCUCCUUCCCCCUGGGUUUCCCGACGACCAAGGUGCCUCCUGAGCUGCCUACCACAGCCACACGCAUCUUUCUGUCCCCCCCGCAGUCCCUGAUGGCCAAUGAGACAUCACGCGGGGUCCUGCUGCAGUGGGAGCCCCCAUUGCAGUUCUCCGUGGCCCUGACAGGCUACGCGCUGGAGUUACGGCAGGACCAGGGUGGCUGGGAGGUGCUGGAUGGCUCCAUCCCCAGCACGAAGACCCAGGUCCUGGUGCCAGGACUCAUCAAGGAUGCCUGCUACGAGUUCCGCCUGGUGGCCUUUGCUGGGAGCUACAUUAGUGACCCCAGCAACACCGUGAACAUCUCCACAGCAGGUAUGGAGGUGUAUCCAUCCCGCACUCAGCUGCCUGAGCUCCUGCCGCAGCCUGUGCUGGCCGGUGUUAUCGGGGGCAUCUGCUUCCUCAGCGUGGCUGUGAUUUUCAGCACCAUGGUAGCCUGCAUCAUGAACCGCCGGCGUGCCGCCCGCCUCCAGAAACGCAGGCAAGAUCCACCACUCGUCUUCUCCCCCAACAAGAAGCUUCCACCUCCGCAAAAUUCUCUCAGCUCUGGUAGCCCGGACAGCACCAUGAAGCUGAAGCUGCAGGCCUCCCCAUACCAGAGCUUGCGCCGGACCCUGCUGUGGGGGGAGAAGGCUGGCACCAGUCUGGGCCUCACCAUUGCUGGCGGCCCUAGGACCAGCUCCAAGUACACGGUGUACGAAAGCCAUAUCGGGGAUGCGAUGCCCCUGGAGCGCAUCUGCCGGGGCCCUGACGGACGCUUUGUGGUGAAAACGGACAGGCUGCCCCGGGAGACGGAUGGAGAGAAGACGGAGCUGUUCCCUGAGCUCCUGCAGCGGGAUCCCUCCCCCAUCCCUCCUGAGCCCAACCUGCCAGCACCCUACCUGCACAUGUAUGCUCCCCCAGAGGCAGAGGAGCCCAUCUGGCAGAGGGGAGUGCCGCUGCGGCCCAAGGCCACAGGCCAGGCCCGCAGAGAAGCCAGAUCCUCUGGCUACCGCCAGGGACGCUACUUCAGCUACAGCAGCAGCCCCAUGGACGAAGCCAAGCCCUUGUGCGUCAUCAACCUCAGCCCCGUGGCCUCCCCGAUGCCCCUGCCCCUCAGCACAGUGGAGGAGCCACGAGACAGCACGUGUUGCGAGGGGUGCUGCCAGAGCACUGUCAGCACACUGUGCAACUCCCCAGGCCCUGGGGGCUCCCCUGUGCUCAGCAGGCUGCUGAGCACCCCAGCUCCGGCCAGCCCCAAGCCACUGGGCUCUGGGUCCCCAAGCAGCCAGCAGAGAGCCAGAUCCUCAGCCCAGAGUGGGAUCCUCCAGUACCUGAGCCUGCCUUUCUUCAAGGAGAUGAGCGUGGAUGGGGAGUGGCCGCCCCAGGAGGAACCCUGCGAGCCCCAGGCCCUGGGCAGCAUGGAGCCCACCCUGCUGGGGGAGGAGGGUCCCAUGCAGAGCACGGAGGGGGUGGCCUGCCUGGACUACAUGGACGCGCAUGGCACUGCAGAGUCUCCUCUGGAGCAGGCGCCCAGCAAGGCUCUCCUCAAACCACCAGAGCCACAGGUGGGCCCUGCCAAGGCUGCCCUGCCUGGGAACACGGUGUGGCCAGGCUUCCUGGGCUCCGACCCGCUCCCGGCCAAGGAGCAAGCCCCCUGGGGCCGGGGGCCAUCGCCCACGGACAGCAGCAGGACCGAGCUGAUGUACACAGCCGUCUCCUCAGAGUCCAACUGGGCCCUGAGCCUGCCAGGGCAGCCGCUGCCUGCAGGGCUGCUGGAAGCUCAGGUGUCUGAGAAGCACCAGGCCCCGGGACCACCUGCCGAGAAGUUGCUGCGGGGCAGCCUGACCAGCCAGAGCAGCGGCCGGGGCAGCGUGUCCUUCCUGAGACCCCCCUCGUUGGCGCUGUCACUGGGGGGCACCUACCUCAGCUCCCCCCUAGGAGAAACAGCAGGCUGGCAAAGCGAAAGCGAGUCCCGGGGCUCCAUGGCAGAGGAGGGCAGGCCAAGGAAGGAGCUGGCCAUUGCCACUGUCGGCAAGAGGAGGAACACAUCUGUGGAUGAGAAUUACGAGUGGGACUCAGAGUUUGCGCUGGAGUCAGAUAUCCUGGAUGCGCUGCAGCUGUACCGCAGUGGGAACCCCAAGAGACCCGUCUCCACCAUCGCCGUGCAGGAGCUGGAACGGCAGAGUGCCAAAGCUCCCAGUGAUGGCAGUGGCUCCCCAGGAAACUCCAAGUCAGUGGAUGCCCUGGAGGCAUCGGGCUCAGAACAUGCCCUUGCCAGCCCAGAGGCUCGCUGCGUGGCCCUGAGGGAGGAGUUCCUGGCAUACCGGCGCCGCAGGGAGGUUGCCCAGCAGUGCAGGCAGAGGAUGAGCAGCCGUGGCUACGAUGAGUGCUUUGAGCAGGCCACGCUGCUGUGAGAGGAUGCACCCCCGCUCUCGCACAGCCUGGCAUGACUGGGCUGCAAAGAGUCUGCCGGGUGGCAGGGCAUCCCUGCAGCGCCCCGGUUGCGCCGAUGCCAUGCCCCACCAUGGGAUCAUGAGCACAUGUGGGGUCAGGACUCAGGAGGCCCCUGCAGUGGCUGAUCUGCCAGGCUGUCCUACGGCCUGUGAUGGGGGGAGUCCAUGCCUGAUGCUCAGCCUGCCAGGUGCGUUUUGGCCUGGCCGGCCCUUCGUACAGCACGUGGUUGAACAGCUCUGGGGACCGAGCUGAGCCUAGGCCCAGCCCCAAGCCCACAGAUAGCACUUGCCACAGGCUGCUUGUCCAUUGCUCCUGCCCCCAAGAGCUCCCAGGGGCUGGGCCAAGGGCUCCUUGUGGGGGAUGGGCCAAGGGGGUCCUAUCAGGGGAUGGGUGGAGGGCAGAGGCAUUUGUAAUGGAAUAAAGAGACUUGCACAGACUUUAGCCCCCGUGGGAGUGACAGACCACACUGGAAGGGGAGACAGGUGCCAAUGCCAGGCAAGGGAGCCUCCCCCCCAUCUGCCAACCCCCUCCACCCAGCUCUGUAGAGCUCCCUCCCACAUCUUCCCCUGGCCCCAGGGAGCGUCCUCCCCUAUCUCUCGCUGUCGCCCCAUGGAGCGCCCUCCCGCCAUCGGUCCCCGGCCCCACGCAGCACCUGCCCCCAUCUCCCACCAUCCCUAUGGAGUGCCAUCACCCCCACCUGGGGCCACGCAGCCUUUCACCUCCAGGGCUCUGCUGCUUCCAGCUGCCUUGGCUCAGGAGGGCUGGGGCCUGGGCCUACUCCAGCUCAUCUGUAGUUGGCAAGUGCCCCCUCCCCUCUGGCCCUAGCGGCUGCAGGUCCGUGGGCAGAGGGGGGGCAGGCUGACCAGGCUGUGGCCUCCACGCAGCGCCGGGGGGGGGCAGCAGCAUGAAAUCCAGCAAGGCUGCUGCAGUGGCCAGCAGGGCCUGCUGGGGUGAUGGGGCAGGGCUGUGGUGCAGCCCCUGCGGCAGGGGCACAGGGGCUAGAGCCGGCCCUGGAGCAGCACCUGGCAUGGGCAGGGUUAACGGAGGCCACGCCCGGCUGCUGGGGCCGGAUGGGCUGCACUUCCUCUUUCCCCAGAUUUGGCCAGGCUCAGGCAGGUCAUUUGACAGGCCCUGCCCCAUGAACCCCUCUCUCCCCCACGCCGGCUGCCUCCUUCAACCCUGCCCUAUGGACCCCUCCCACACAC